CCGGCGCCCCCCGCCUCCGGGGACUCCACGGUCAGAGAAGUCAUCCAGAAUUCUAAAGAAGUGCUGAGUUUAUUGCAGGAGAAGAACCCCGCUUUUCAGCCAGUUCUUGCCAUCAUUCAGGCAGGCGAUGACAACUUGAUGCAGGAAACCAACCAGAGUUUGGCUGAAGAGGCUGGUCUGAACAUCACCCACAUCUGCCUUCCUCCGGACAGUGGAGAAGAUGAGAUCAUCAGUGAAAUAUUGAAGAUUAAUGAAAACCCCGGAAUCCAUGGCCUCGCCCUUCAGAUCUCCAGGGACUCACUAAGCAGUAAAGUCCUCAACGCCUUGAAACCUGAGAAAGACGUGGAUGGAGUGACAGACGUCAACCUGGGGAAGCUGGCCCGCGGAGACGCCCCCGAAUGCUUUGUGUCACCGGUCGCCAGAGCUACAAUUGAACUCGCUGAAAAAUCUGGUGUCACCUUAGAGGGAAAGAAGGUCCUGGUGGUUGGGGCUCCUGGAUCUUUGCAAGCUGCCCUGCAGUGCCUGUUCCAGAGAAAAGGCUCCAUGACCAUGAGCUCCACGUGGGAGACACCUCAGCUUCAGAGCAAGCUUCAGGAGGCUGACAUUGUAGUCAUAGGCUCACCUAAGCCGGAAACCGUUCCCCUGACCUGGAUCCAACCAGAAAGCACCAUUCUCAGUUGCUGCCCGGACUUCCUGUCAGGGAAGUUCGGCGGGGGCUCUGCCGGUGCUCGCCAUGUUGGACUCAUCCCAGAAGGCGAAGUGAGUCUCCUUGCUGCAGCUCUGCGGAUUCAGAACAUGGUGAGCUGUGGCAGGCGGUGGCUCCGAGAGCAGCAGCACAGGAGAUGGAGACUCCACUGCCUGAAAUUGCAACCUCUGUCCCCCGUGCCAAGUGACAUUGAGAUUUCAAGAGGACAGACUCCAAAAGCUGUGGACGUCCUUGCCAAGGAGAUAGGAUUGCUAGCAGACGAAUUUGAAAUCUAUGGGAAAAGCAAAGCCAAAGUCCGACUGUCCCUGCUGGAGAGGCUGAAGGAUCAAGCAAAUGGAAAAUAUGUCUUAGUUGCUGGGAUCACGCCCACGCCCCUGGGAGAAGGCAAGAGCACCGUCACCGUGGGCCUGGUGCAGGCGCUCACUGCCCACCUGAAGGUCAACUCCUUCGCCUGCCUCCGGCAGCCUUCGCAGGGACCCACCUUCGGAGUCAAAGGGGGAGCUGCGGGUGGCGGAUACGCCCAGGUCAUCCCCAUGGAGGAGUUCAACCUUCAUUUGACCGGAGACAUCCACGCCAUUACUGCCGCCAAUAAUUUACUAGCUGCUGCCAUUGACACCAGGAUCUUGCAUGAAAACACUCAGACAGAUAAGGCUCUGUAUAAUAGACUCGUUCCUUUAGUGAACGGUGUCAGAAAAUUCUCGGAUAUUCAACUCGCUCGGCUGAAAAAACUGGGCAUAAAUAAGACAGAUCCUAGCACGCUGACGGAAGAGGAAGUAAGUAAAUUCUCCAGGCUCAACAUUGACCCCGCCACCAUCACGUGGCAGAGAGUACUGGACACCAAUGACCGAUUUCUGCGAAAAAUAACCAUUGGCCAGGCAAGCACGGAAAAGGGAUGCUCCCGGCAGGCCCAGUUUGACAUCGCCGUGGCCAGCGAGAUCAUGGCGGUCCUGGCCCUGACCGACAGCCUCGCGGACAUGAAGGAGCGCCUAGGAAGAAUGGUGGUGGCCAGCGACAGACAUGGGCAGCCCGUGACGGCCGAGGACUUGGGGGUAACAGGUGCUUUGACUGUCUUGAUGAAAGACGCAAUCAAGCCCAAUCUGAUGCAGACCCUGGAAGGCACCCCUGUGUUCGUGCAUGCCGGCCCCUUCGCUAACAUUGCUCAUGGCAACUCUUCUGUGUUGGCGGAUAAAAUCGCCCUGAAGCUGGUCGGUGAGGAAGGAUUUGUGGUGACCGAAGCCGGCUUUGGAGCUGACAUUGGCAUGGAAAAAUUCUUCAACAUCAAAUGCCGAGCUUCCGGCCUGGUACCCAAUGUGGUGGUACUGGUGGCUACCGUGCGGGCCCUGAAGAUGCACGGAGGGGGACCCAGCGUUACUGCUGGUGUCCCUCUAAAGAAAGAAUAUACAGAGGAGAACAUUCAGCUGGUGGCCGACGGCUGCUGUAACCUGCAGAAACAAAUUCAGAUCGCCCAGCUCUUCGGCGUCCCGGUGGUGGUGGCACUGAAUGUCUUCAAGACCGACACCCGUGCCGAGAUUGACUUGGUGUGCGAGCUCGCCAAGCGUGCGGGCGCCUUUGAUGCGGUCCCCUGCUACCACUGGUCGGCAGGGGGAAAGGGGUCGGUGGACUUGGCCCGGGCCGUGAGAGACGCGGCGAAUAAGAGAAGCCGUUUCCAGUUCCUCUAUGACGUCCAGCUUCCCAUUGUGGAAAAGAUUAGAACCAUCGCCCAGGCUGUCUACGGAGCUAAGGAUAUUGAAAUCUCUCCGGAGGCACAAACCAAAAUAGAUCGCUAUACUCAACAGGGUUUUGGAAACUUGCCCAUCUGUAUGGCCAAGACGCACCUCUCCCUAUCUCACCAGCCAGAAAAAAAAGGGGUGCCGAGGGACUUCAUCCUGCCCAUCAGCGACGUGCGUGCCAGCAUCGGCGCGGGCUUCAUUUACCCUUUGGUCGGAACGAUGAGCACCAUGCCCGGACUGCCCACUCGGCCCUGCUUUUACGACAUCGAUCUCGACACGGCGACAGAGCAAGUUCAGGGCUUGUUCUGACGGAACCAUAGCCGCACAGGACUCCACCCAGGCUACCCAGACACAAAUGGCUCCUCGCCUUUCUGCUGCCAUUGGCGAAGAGAGUGAACUUGGCAAUACAUUUGAGAAAUGGAGACAGAGACCAAAGAUGUCUUCUUCAUUCGGGAUGGAUUCUGUUUCCAGCUGAGUGUAGUAUUCACCAAAAGGACCUCCACCCCGACUGGAGGAAACUAAUUUAUUUUCUGUUUCUGCAGAGUUUACAUUAUUUCUUGCUGCUUAUACUUUACAAUGUUUAGUUUUUGAGGACUAAGGGAUUUCAGAGUGUGAACUUUAAGGUAACAUUUUCCACUGCAGACUUUUCCUAGUUCAUCUUCCUUUUAUUUUGUUUAAGUGCUGGGGGUGGAACUCUUGUUUAUUCCUCCUUUGAAAUGAAAAUAAAUAUAUAUCCAGGAAACCAACCAACAAGUUUUCAGUGACAGAUCCAGGUGCUGUCUGGCAGCUGGUGGGGUUUUUACCUGACACCAGUUUCGAGGGAAACUGUGGCUAUCCACAGAACUUUAAAAUAUGACAGG